GUGACAACAAAUAUUUUUUAAAUGUUUAUUAUAAGAAUUUACAUUCAUUGUGUCAAUUGGAUAAUAUAGUUCAUAUAUUUGAAAUUUAACUGUGCUUAAAGAUGUUUACCAUUAAGACAAUCGUCUCUAGGGCACCACUACAUGCUAAUCGAGUCACAAUCGGGACAAAUAUGAUUGUUUUGUCUGCAUCAGCUGCUAGUAAAAUUACUGGCGUACUUGACAAAUCCAGGAAUGAGAUGGGUCUUGAAGGCUUGCAGUUAAAGCUCAUCUGAAACAUCGACUCAAUCAGCCUAAUGCUUGCGAAAACCAAACCAGAAUGUUUGUUGCUGAAUUUCACUCAAAUGCCAACGAUGAUGAUAAUAAAUGUGAUUCGGAAACUGAAAAGCAGAAACAAUUAUCCGAUAUACCAGGAUUACCUUACACGUUGGAUCAUCACAGCUAUAAUAUCAUAAACGAAGAUAUUUAUAUAAAACAUAAGGUUGAGACGUACAAUCUUAUAACUUCUAACUUAACAAAAGAAAGUUUUUCUUCUGAUGAAGAAAAAUAUCAAACAAAAACAUCCAAAAUAAUUGAAAUAUUUUAUUCAUUGGACGAAAGCAAUAGACCAAAAGAAUUACGUGCUCAUGAUAUUGACUACAUGGUAAAAAUGAAAAGGCCUGCUUUAAUAAGAAAUUUCGUGAAAAAACUUGCAAGAACAGAGAGGAGCCGUGAAAAAAACGAAGAAAUAAGGUCAGAAAUCAGGGAAGCCAUCAUGUCAAGACCCAAGGAUGGUUUUGGUGUAUGUUAUGAAGAAUCAGGAAAGCCUGCUUACAGAGUUCAUGGCGUUUCACCAAUUUGCAGUUGGGCUGCUUGUAAACGGAUUCGUCAACAUCUUUAUACUAAAAUAGCCCAAUCUAAAAUUUUAAAUGCUCAGAAAGUUGUUAUUGAUUUUGAUUAUAACGACCAUAUGACGCUCAAAGAACACCUAACCAUUACUGCUCAAAUCAAAAUUUGUAUUGGAUCUUUAAGAAAAUCUCGUGAACCUGUUGAUCUAUAUUUCUGUAAUUUUGACCCAACUAGUCCUGUGGCUCGUCUAUUGGAAUUAGACUUUGGUCCACCUUCCUCUUAUCUAGUUGAAGCUACUUCCAAAUCUUACUUUGAUUUAUUUCCAAGAGAAAAAUUAGUCUAUUUAACUGCCGAUACCGACAAUGUCCUGCAAUAUGAUCCUGAUGAUAUUUAUAUUAUUGGUGGAAUGAUUGAUGCCCAAACAAAUGAGCCUGUUUCAGCGGCCAAAGCUGAGAAGGAAGGAUUGCGAACUGCUAAAUUACAUGUGACAAAUAUUAUUCAAAUGUUUAUUAUACGAAUUUACAUUCAUUGCGUCAAUUGGGGCACCACUACAUGCUAAUCGAGUCACAAUCGGGACAAAUAUGAUUGUUUUGUCUGCAUCAGCUGCUAGUAAAAUUACUGGCGUACUUGACAAAUCCAGGAAUGAGAUGGGUCUUGAAGGCUUAGUUAAAGCUCAUCUGAAACAUCGACUCAAUCAGCUUAAUGCUUUCAAAAACCAAAAUAAAAUGUUAGUUGAAUAUGAUAAUGAUGGGAAUGACAGCGCUUGAGGAGGAACUCCUAUUUUAGGUGUUGAUCCUAGUAAUUUUUGCGGAACUUGUUUUGGAUCUUUAAGAAAAUCUCGUGAACCUGUUGAUCUAUAUUUUUAUAAUUUUGACCCAACUAGUCCUGUGGCUCGUCAUUUGGAAUCAGACUUUGGUUCACCGUCCUCUUAUAGCAACCCUCUUAUGUCCUGCAAUAUGAUCGUGAUGAUAUUUAUACCAUUGUUUGAAUUAUUACUAUUACAUUGACAAGUCUGUUAAAGUUGAACAAAUUGGCAUCUAUCAAAUUAUACUUUAUUUUUUUU